AUGUCCGCAUACGAGAUAUCUGACACUCUUGAUAGUAUUAUGCAUAGGAUAGAUUCUAUUGCUAAAAUCAACGACGACAUUAUUAAAGAAAUGGAUAAUGCUGUAAGUACUAACAGCCAGAUAGAAGAAGUAGAAUACAAGAUUACACAUCCUGAUCAAAAGAAAAAAUUAGUAUUGAAUGUGAGAGAAUUUAAAAGCAAAAAACCUGCAUCUAAUAUAAUUCGUACAUGGAAGGAUAAAAUAGAAUUAACAGUUAUUCCCGACAUAUUUAACGAUAAACUUAAUUAUACAUGUGUUAAUUAUGCCGAUUUAGUCCGAUUAAACAAAGAAAUGUUGGCUGUUGUUCAUAAAUAUGAAUUAUUUGGAGAUGGCGAAAAGGCCAAAAACGAAGUGAAUAAAUUCCUUGAAAAUUUUCAGUUAAUAAGAGAUAAUGGUUUAAAACAAAUUCAAAAGAAACUAACUGUCCGUGAAAGUAGUGAUCUACAAAUUCUGGAAAAAAACGUGAACAAUAUUAACUCUGAAAUAGAAAAUAUGGUCAGUACAAACGAAAGUAUUACAUUCACAAUGACCGAAAUUAAAUGUUCCUAUUGUAACAGUACAAAUACACCAUUAAAUUGCUACAGUGAUGGUGUGAUGGCAUGCAAUAAUAAUGAAAACUGUCUUGGCAAGCGAGCAUCACAAGCAACUUGUCAGAAAGGUUUUAUCACUAGUUCAUUUGGCGCUAAUCAAUUUGGCGGUAAUCAAUUUCCCGCUAAUCAAUUACGAUACACCGUGACUGGCACAUACACAUAA